UGGGCCGGGAGGGGUGGCCGCGGAAGAGGAGCAGGGCGCGUCAUGGCGACCUCGGUUACAGUACCUGCCGGGGGUCUGCGGAACUGCCUGCUCCAACUGCACGGCAUACUGCGGAGCCCAGACCCUGGCAGCGCAGCCCUUCACGGCCACACUUUGAUCCGUUGCUUAGCGGAGACGUGUGUGACUAGCAGUGGAGACGCAGUCCUGGCUUUACAGACUUCACUGGUGUUUUCUAAGGAAGAUGGGCUACUCGUAUUUAUCCAUGAAUCAUUGGCUUUUGAAGAAUUUCGAGAAUGUAGAGAAGAAGCACUAAAAUUUCUUCUGAUUUUUCUGGAAAAGAUUGGCCCAAAAGUUCAUCCUUAUGUACAAGAUGUAAAGCGAAUGUGUUUUAGUGCUUACACAAAAGACAAAUCAGCAAAAUGCAGAAUCCCAGCACUAGAGCUACUGAUUAAGCUACUUAAAAACUUGCGAUCUUCUUAUUUGAUGGAAGAUCUGAAAGUUGCAGAAAUCUUUAAUAAAUUUUAUGGUGAACUUGGUAUGAAAAGUAAAGUGCCUGAUACAGUGUUGGAAAGGAUUUAUGAGCUUCUGGGAGUCCUGGGAGAAGUCCAACCUAGUGAUAUGCUUGACAACUCUGAAAAACUAUUCCGAGCUUAUCUGGGAGAACUCAAAACACAGAUGACUUCUGCAACAAGAGAGCCUAAGUUUCCAUUAGUAGCUGGGUGUCUCAAAGGACUGACUGCACUCCUGUAUAACUUUACUAAAUCCAUGGAUGAAGAUCCCCAAACUUCAAAAGAGAUCUUCGACUUUGCAGUGAAGGCAAUAAGUCCACAGAUUGACUUGAAGCGAUAUGCUGUGCCCCUUGCUGGUCUACAUUUGUUUAGCAAGCAUGCUGUUCAAUUUGGUACUUGUCUUCUGGACAACUAUGCCUUAUUAUUUGAACUAAUGUCUAAAUGGUGUGGCCACCAGAAUGUAGAACUGAAGAAAGCUAGCAAUUCAGCCUUGGAUGCAUGUCUUAAACAGAUAUCUACAAUGGUAGCAAAGGAUGUAGAAAUGCAUAAGGAUAAACUGCAGUUCUUCAUGGAACAGUUUUAUAGUAUCAUCAGAAGGAUGGAUGCCAGCAACAAGGAAUUGUCCAUUGCUAUUCGUGGAUAUGGACUUUUCGCUGCGCCAUGUAAAGCAAUCAAUUCAAAGGAUGUAGACUUCAUGUAUGUUGAACUUCUUCAGCGGUGUAAGCAAAUGUAUCUCACCGAGGCAGAAACCAUAGAUGACCAUAUGUAUCAGCUACCAAGUUUCCUUCAGUCUAUUGCUAGUGUUAUAUUCCAUUUAGAUACCAUUCCUGAAGUAUACACUCCAGUUCUUGAACGUCUUAUUGUAGUACAAAUGGAUAGCUUCCCACAUUACAGUGUAAAAAUGCAGUCCACAUGUUGUAAAUCCAUUGUAAAGGUUUUUCUAGCCCUGGCAGGAAAGGGACCUGUACUUUGGAGCGUUAUGAGCACUGUGGUGCAUCAAGUUUUAAUCAGAGUCUGUUCUAAACCAAUUGUCUUACCCCACCAAAAGGAAUAUACAGGAAAAGAAGUUUCUGGUUUAGAAGGAAGUCCUACAUCUGGAGAAGUUAGGAGUGGGAAAUGGAAAGUACCUACAUAUAAGGAUUACCUAGACCUUUUCAGAAGUUUGCUGAGCUGUGACACCAUGAUGGAAUCUCUGUUGGGAGAUGAAACCCCUCUAAUCUUAGAAUCACCACUAAAAUCUCUAAAUCGUUUGUUGUAUGAUGAACUCAUAAAGUCUAUUCUAAAAGUAAUUCAAAAGUUGGACCUCACAGUUCAGAAAGAAAACAUUAGUGAAGAAAAGGAUGGAAAUGAAACUGACACUAAUCUCACCAUUGCUACUUCUGAUCCAGCUGCAAACCUUCAGCCAACAAAGCCAAAAGACUUUACAGCCUUCAUUAACCUCGUGGAAUUUUGCAGAGAAGUCCUCCCACAGAAGCAUGUUGAAAACUUUGGGCCUUGGAUGUAUUCAUUUGGUUAUGAGAUAAUUAUACAGUCAAUACGAUCACCUCUUAUUAGUGGAUUUUAUAAGCUCUUGGCCAUUGCCAUGAAAAUUGCUAAGAAAACAAAAUACUUUGAGGGUGUUGGUCCAAGCAGUAAAAAACCAUGUCCGGAAGAUUCAGAGAAGAAUUCCUGCUUUGCAUUAUUUGCCAAAUUUGGAAAAGAGGUAACAGCAAAAAUGAAGCAGUACAAAGAUGAGUUGUUGGCAUCUUGUCUGACCUUUGUGUUGUCCUUGCCACAUGAUAUCAUCAAACUUGAUAUUAAAGUGUACGUUCCUGCUUUACAGAAUGCUUUUAUACUGGGCCUUAGCUACACCCCAAUGGCUGAUGUGGCACUGGAUGCACUGGAGGACUGGUCAUCCCAUAUUCCCAGAUAUGUUAUACAACCUUCCUACAAGGACAUUUUGCCUUGCCUUGAUGGCUAUUUGAAAACUUCAACAUCAACAGAUGAAUAUGAGAAUAAUUGGGAAGUGAAGAAACUUUCCCAGGCAGUCCAGAAGGGGUUGAACAAAGUAUUGAUACAGCGACUGAAGAGAGCAAAGAGUCUUGCAAUGGAGGAAGAUCUUUCAUUGAAUCAAGUAAGAACUAGAGUUGUACGCCUUCUCGGAUUUCUGGGUGGACAAAUCAAUCGGAAUUUAGUGACAGCUGCAUCUUCAGAAGAAAAGAUGAAGAAGUUUGUUUCAUGGGACACAGAGAAGCACCUAAGCUUUGCUGUUCCUUUUGCUGAUAUGAAGCCUGUUAUCUACUUGGAUUUAUUCUUGCCUCGUGUCACUGAAUUGGCUCUUACUGCUAGUGACCGGCAGACAAAGGUUGCAGCUUGUGAGCUUUUACACGGCAUAGUUGUAUACAUGCUGGGGAAAGGCUCUCAAAUGCCUGAAGGACAGCAGAGUUCUCCACCAAUGUCUCACUUGCAUAAACAUGUAUUUCCUGUACUGCUUCGGCUUGCCUGCGAUGUCGACCAAAUUACAAGGCAACUUUAUGGGACUCUAGUUAUGGAGCUAAUUCACUGGUUCACAAAUAACAAAAAGUUUGAAAGUCAGGAUACAGUGAUAUUACUAGAAGCAAUUUUGGAUGGGAUAGUUGAUCCUGUAGACAGCACCUUGAGAGAUUUCUGUGGUCAAUGUGUCCGUGAAUUUUUGAAAUGGUCCAUUAAGCAGACUACACCACAGCAGCAGGAGAAAAGUCCAGUGAAUACCAAGUCCCUCUUCAAGAGACUGUACAGCCUUGCCCUCCAUCCCAAUGCUUUCAAGCGGUUAGGAGCAGCACUUGCUUUUAAUAACAUCUACAGAGAAUUUAGGGAAGAAAGUGCUCUUGUGGACCAGUUCGUCUUUGAAGCUCUGGUUGUGUACUUAGAAAGUCUGGCCUUGACACAUGGAGACGAUAAAGCUUUAGGCACAACCCAACAGUGUUGUGAUGCAGUUGAUCACUUGAAGCGUAUAAUCAAACGUAAAGCACCUAUCUUGAACAAAGAAAGCAAUCGGAGAGUACCUCGGGGAUUUCCACCCACAUCAGUAUGUCUGGUGGAUGUUGUCAUGUGGCUUUUAACACAGUGUGGACGACCGCAAACAGAGUGCCGACAUAAAGUCAUGGAGCUUUUCUUUGAAUUUGUUCCAUUGUUACCAGGAAACAAUUCUCCAUCCUCAUGGUUGAGUGAUGUUCUUCAGAAAAACGGGAUCUGCUUUCUCCUAAAGAAAUUUGAAGGAGGGGGCUAUGAAAAUGAAAAUGUGUCUGGAAUCUUGUCCCAUCCAACUCUAUAUGACCUGCAAGAGGCCUUUAAUUUGAGAGCUACCGUGCAAUGGAUGGAUAUGCUUCUAAGUGCUUUGGAUUGCUAUAAUACUUUUAUUGAACAAAGAGUGAUUACACCAAAUGAGAUACUAGUUAUAAAUAAAGGAUCUUCAUUUCUGACAUCACUGAAAUUCUUCCUUGGAAAAAUUGCCUUGCAUGAUGUGUCUGGUGCAGAGCACUGUUUUAGCAUUGGAUCCAAAGGCAAUGUAUUUAGUCCACAGGAAAAAGAAGAAUACAAUUAUAGCAAAUGUACAAUUAUAGUUCGUAUUAUGGUUUUUGUCAGCAUGAUUUUGGAGACCCAGCAACAGGAUUUCUGGAAGCUGCUUGAAAGAGAGUUACUUAAUGACAAUCUGAUAGAACUCAUUGCGACAACCAUCUGUGACCCCAAAAGUGUAGGCUUUAAUGUAGCUGAUGUACAAGUUAUGGAAAAUCUCCCAAAUGUUUGUGUGAGGCUUAUAAAAGCUUUGAUGAAAUCUCCAUAUAAGGAACCUUUAGAGAGCAGCGUAAAGAAAAUGAUAACAUCAAAAAGCAUUGAGGAGCUUUGCAGUGUUGAGCUAUAUAAUUCGGAAGUUCAACUGGAUCAUGUUAGACUUGGUUCCAUUCUGUCCGCAUGCAAGCAGCUUCACAAGGCUGGUUUGCUUCACUGUAUCUUACAAUCUCAGGGUACAGAUCUAUAUUGUGAGACUGGCUGUAAGCUCAUGUUGGUUGUAUACAAAGGUAUUGCACCAGGAAAUGAAAGGAAGUCCCUUCCCUUGUUGGACUUCAACAGUAAGCAGUUAGCUGAACAACUGUUGCACCUGGCUUUUGCUUUUGGUGUGCAGUGCAAAGAGCUGGUGAAUCUUUUAUUGAACACACACAUGUUAUCUGUGCCAGUAUCAGAAGAGUCCCAAAGAAAUCUAGUCAGCUUUUCUCAUGGAGAGUAUUUCUACAGCUUAUUCUGCGAAACCAUUAACAGGCAGCUCUUGAAAAACCUGGAUAUAGCAGUACUUCAGCUUAUGAAAUCAGCUGUAGACAGCCCCAAAAUGGUUGGUACUGUUUUGAAUGGCAUGCUGGAUCAAAGCUUUAGAGAUCGUACUGUUCGCAAGCAACAAGGUGUGGAAUUAGUGUCUGCUAUAUUAAAAAACUGGGGAGAGCUUAACCACUGGUGGACCAUAGAUUCUUCUCCUGAGAGCAAAAUGGCUGUCCUGACCUUAUUGGCUAAAGUUCUGCAGAUUGAUUCUUCGGUGUCAUUUAAUAUAGAUCAUGAGGCAUUUUCUGUUGUUUUUAAUACCUACAAAAGUCUGCUGACUGACCAGAAGCUGGGUCUAAACCUCAAGAGUCAAGCAGUUAUCAUUCUUCCAUUCUUCACUAACCUUGUUGGAGAAAGACUUGGCGACCUUAAAAAUGCACUUGACCAACUUGUAGCAUUCAAUUUGCCUUUGAGAUCAAAUGAGUUUCCCAAAGGAACAUUAAGAUACAAUAACUAUGUGGACUGUAUCAAAAGAUUUCUAGAUGCACUGGAACUAUCCCAGAGUCCUAUGCUGUUACAACUGAUGACUGAAGUUCUUUGCAGAGACCAGAGACACAUAAUGGAGGAAUUAUUUGAAAUUAGCUUUAAAAGAAUUGCCCAAAGGGGUGGCUGCGACAAACAAGUAGUGUUGCUGGGCACUGUGUAUAAAAUGUUCCAGUGUGAAACCCUUCUCUCAAAUGCAGCCUGCCAAGCCUAUGUGGAUCGCUCUCUUCUUGUACUCUUGCUUCACUGCAGCUUGGAUGCACUGAAAGAAUUUUUAAGUAACAUUAUUGUGGAGGCUAUGGAUAUGUUAAAAUCCAGGUUUAUAAAGUCAAAUGAAACCACUUUUGAAAUGCAACUCACCAGGAAAAUGUGUUACUACAAGGUUUUGAAAGUUACAUAUUCACGUCUUUCCAAACAAGAUGUAUACUCCAAGGACUCUAGAAUUAACCAAGCUUUUCAGGGCUCUACUUGUGUAGAAGGAAAUGAACUUACUAAGAUUCUAAUAAAGUCCUGCUAUGAUGCCUUUUCAGAAAACAUGUCAGGUGAAACUCAGCUAUUGGAAAAGAGGAGACAGUAUCAUUGUGCUGCAUAUAAUUGUGCCAUUGCUGUUGUUAGCUGUGUGUUCAAUGAAAGUAAAUUCUACCAAGGCUUUCUUUUCACAGAAAAACCAGAAAAGAAUUUACUUAUUUUUGAAAACUUGUUGGACUUGAAACACUGUUACUCAUUUCCCAUUGAGAUUGAGGUUCCUCUAGAAAGAAAGAAGCAGUAUAUUGCUAUCAGGAAAGAAGCCAAAGAAGCAACAAAUGGGGAUUCAGCUGAACCACACUAUUUAGCCUCAGCAUCAUACAUGGCAGAUAGCAGUUUGAGUGAAGAAAUGAGUCAGUUUGAUUUCUCAACUGGAAUACAGAAUUUUUCAUAUAACUCACAGGUUGCUGCUGCCUCUGGUUCUCAUCUCAAGGGAAAGGAGCCCUCUGAGUCUACAGUUCCAGAUGCUAUUAUGGAAUUGGAAAUGGAUGAACUCAACCAGCAUGAAUGUAUGGCCUCUAUGACAACCCUGCUCAAACACAUGCACAGAAAUAACAUCACACCCACAGUAGAAAAAGGAACAGAUUCACCAGAUCUUCCUCCAUGGAUGAAAUUUCUGCACAUCAAACUGGGGAAUCCACGUGUGCCGCUAAAUAUUCGCCUGUUCAUAGCAAAACUCAUUGUGAAUACAGAAGAAGUUUUCCAACCUUAUGCAAAGUGGUGGUUAGGCCCCUUACUGCAACUUGUUGUUUCUGGUGAUAAUGGAGGAGAAGGGAUUCAUUACAUGGUGGUAGAGAUAGUGGUCACCCUACUUUCCUGGACUAGCAUUGCUACACCCAAAGGAAAUAUGAAGGAUCAGGUCCUAGCUAACAGAUUGCUCGAGUUCUUAAUGAAGAAUGCAUUCCAUCAGAAAAGAGCUGUGUUCAGACAUAACCUAGAAAUUAUCAAGACAGUAGUAGAGUGCUGGAAGGACUGUCUCAGCAUACCUUACAGGAUCAUAUUUGAACAAUUUUCUGGUGGAGAUUUCAAUACAAAAGACAACUCCGUGGGAAUUCAGUUACUAGGAAUUAUUCUUGCUAAUAACUUGCCUCCCUAUGAUGCAAAGUGUGAAAUAGAUAAUCUGAGAUACUUCCAAGCUUUGACUAACAACUUGGCUGCAACCAGAUACAAGGAAGUAUAUGCAGCUUCUGCUGAAGUAUUGGGACUCAUUCUUCAGUAUUUUUCUCAGAAGGAAAACAUAUUUGAAGGUCCAAUUUAUGACUUAGUCAUAAAGCAGCUAAAGAAGCAUCAAAACACCCAAGAUGACAAAUUUAUUGUGUGUCUGAACAAAGUGGUGAAGAACUUUCCUCCUCUUGCUGAUAGGUUUAUGAACACGAUCUUCUUCUUGAUACCAAAGCUUCAUGGGGUGAUGAAAACUUACUGCCUGGAAGUAAUCCUGUGCCGUGCCCAAGAAAUACCUGAUCUGUACCUGCAGUUGAAGAGUAAGGAAUUCAUACAGGUCAUGAGUCACAGAGAUGAUGAAAGGCAGAUGGUGUGCUUAGAUAUAGUAUACAAAAUGUUACCUAAGCUGAAAGCAUCUGAAGCUCAAGCGCUUCUUCCAGCAUUAAGAGGCUUCAUCUCCCAUCCUUCACCAUUAUGUCGGGGACGAAUGUAUGAUAUAUUCAUGUGGGUAUAUGAUAAUUACAGGGAUGCUGAAAGCGAAGCAGAUGAUGAGUCAUCUGAUGUGUAUAAAUUGGCAAAAGAAGUUCUGCUUCAAGGACUGAUUGAUGAGAAUUCUGGACUACAAUUAAUUGUUAGGAAUUUUUGGAGUGAUGAAACUAGAUUACCAACAAAUACUCUUGAUCGUAUGCUGACUUUAUUAAGUUCUUUAUACUCCAUUGAAAUUGAAACUCAGUAUUUGAGUUUAGCUACAAACUUUCUGCUUGAAAUGACUAGCAAGAGUCCAGAUUAUUCCAGAAAAAUAUUUGAGUAUCCCCUUUCAGAGUGCAAAUUUCAGGAUUUUAUGAUUGACUCAAAUUGGCAGUACCGAAGUACCAUCCUUACUCCUAUGUUUGCAGAGACCCAGGCUUCCCAGAAUGUCAGCAAAUAUCACUCACAGGAAUCCAUGGGUGGCCAAGUAAGGGCUACACAACAAUAUGAAUUUACUCUCACCCAAAAUACCAGUGGAAGAAGCUUUUUUAACUGGCUAAUAGGAAACAGUAUGGACACCUUUGCAGAGUACACAGUUUCUUCAUCCUCUGAAUCUCUGUCUUCAUUCAUGUUAUUCAUCAACAAGCGGACUGACAGAUCACACAGAGCUGCUGUCAAACCCUUGGGUCCUAAUUUUGGGAAGAAGAGGCUGGGCUUGCCAGGAGAUGAGGUAGACAACAAAACUAAAGGUAUAGAUGAACGGGCAGAUAUUCUGCGACUAAGGAGACGCUUCUUAAAGGACCAGGAUAAGCUUAAUUUGAUUUAUGCAAGAAAGGGUGUUGCUGAACAGAAACAAGAAAAGGAAAUGAAAACUCAGCUGAAGAUGAAGCAUGAUGCUGAGGUCACUCUCUACAGAAAAUACAGACAAGGCGAUCUCCCCGACAUCCAGAUUGAAUAUAGUAGUCUAAUUAUUCCUCUACAAGGUGUAGCACAGAGAGAUCCUACACUGGCUAAACAACUCUUCAGCAGUCUGUUUAAUGGAAUUUUGGAAGAAAUGAAAAAAAUGAAGUCUCAUGCUGAACAAAUCAAUAUCAUCCAGCAAUUGGUGCAGAACUUCAACUGCUUUCUGACCACAAGUGUUAUAUAUUUCCCACCAUUCAUAGCCUGUAUCCAGGAAAUGUGCUACCAACACAAAGAGCUUCUGGACAUCAACUCUUCUAGUGUAACCAGCAGUUGCUUAGCAAGCUUCCAGCAACCAGUGGGUAUCCUGCUGCUUGAACAGGCUUUAGUUCACGUUUCCUCUGAAGAAAAGGAGCCACCCUCCAAACGGAAGCGUGGGAAGACAGAACUUUCACCUGAUAUAACCAGAUGGAUUGAACUGGCUAAGCUUUAUCGAUCUAUUGGAGAUUAUGAUGUUCUGCAGGGGAUUUUCAGUGGAAAGAUUGGUUCUAAGGAAAUUACUCAGAAGGCCUUACUAGCUGAGGCAAAAAGGGAUUACGCUGAAGCUGCCAAAAAAUAUGAAGAGGCACUCUCCACACAAGACUGGCCUGAUGAAGAACCAACCGAAGCAGAAAAGGAUUUCUGGGAGCUUGCAUCUCUUGAAUGCUACAACCAUCUGACAGAAUGGAAGUCUCUGGAAUACUGUUCUACUGUUAACAUCGAUAAUGGACAGCCCCCAGACCUAAAUAAAACAUGGAGUGAUCCAUUUUAUCAGGAAGCCUAUCUACCACACAUAAUUCGCAGCAAGCUGAAACUUCUCCUUCAUGGUGAAAAUGACCAGUUGUUAUUGGCAUUUAUUGAUGAGGCUAUGAAGACAGAACAGAAAAAAUCUCUUAUAGAAAUGUACUACAGUCAAGAGUUGAGUCUUCUAUACAUUUUGCAGGAUGAUUUUGACAGAGCCAGAUAUUACAUCAACAAUGCUAUGCACGUGUUCAUGCAGAACUAUUCCAGUAUUGAUUCGCUGUUGCACCAGAGUAGACUUACCAAGCUGCAGUCAGUUCAGGCUUUAACAGAAAUACAGGACUUUGUCAACUUUAUAAACAGACCAAGUAAUAUAGCUUCUCAGGCUUCCUUGAAGAGACUUCUCUAUAACUGGACAAGCAGAUAUCCAGAUAAAAAAAUGGAUCCUAUGACCAUAUGGGAUGAUAUCAUUACAAAUCGGUGUUUCUUUCUUGACAAAAUUCAAGAGAAACUUUGUAACAUCCACCUGGAAGACAGCAUGGAAGUGGAUGGAGGGGGAGAUGCUAGUUCCGAAAUGGAUGUGGACAAGGAAAAAGAAGAUACAAACGCAUUGAUUAGAAACUGUAAAUUUACUAUGAAAAUGAAGAUGAUAGAGAGUGCCAGACAACAGAAGAGCUUCUCAGUAGCAAUGAAACUCCUGAAGGACCUGCACAGAGAUUCUAAGACUCGAGAAGACUGGCUUAUGAGGUGGAACCACAGCUAUUGUCGAUUUAGUCACAGUCGUAGCUGGGGCCAGAGUAGUCCUGAACAAAUACUUACAGUACUCAAAACAGUCUCCCUGCUAGAUGAGACCAAAUUUGGGAACUUGAGUAUCAAUGUGUCAACUUUCUGCAACCAAAACCUUCUUCUGGGUACCACUUUCCACAUUAUGGCUAGUGCCCUUCACAAGGAUCCAAGAUCUCUCGAACAAAUUGAGGAAGAAAAGGCUAGACAAGUCUUAGUGCUUUCAGGAGAAAAACCUGAUAAUAUUGAUAAGGUUAUAGCAGGUCUAAAUAAGAGAGCUUUCCAGUGCUUCAGCAGGUCUGCAAAGAAAGCUGAAGAGGUACAGUCCAUGUCAACUGACCACAUAGAUACAAAAGGUAUCAUAGAUGCAUAUAUAACGUUAGCUAAUUUCUGUGACACUCAUCUCCGUAAAGAAGAAGAAAGCUCAGCAGAUAUAAAUGCUCUGGAUUUUCAGGGAUUCCCAGCCAUUGUAGUUGAUAAAGUAAUACAAGCUUUGAAACUCAAUUCAGAAGAAGCUAGAUUAAAAUUUCCCAGGCUAUUGCAAAUUGUGGAAAGGUAUCCUGGAGAGACUUUGGGCCUUAUGGCAAAAGAGAUGUCCUCAGUUCCUUGCUGGCAGUUCAUUGGCUGGAUCAGCCAGCUGAUGGCAGUGCUUGAUAAGGAGGAAGCCAUGGCUGUGCAGCACACAGUGGAAGAAAUUGCGGAUAAUUAUCCACAGGCAAUAGUUUAUCCCUUCAUGAUCAGCAGUGAAAGCUUUUCUUUCCAGGAAACUAUCACAGGGAAUAGGAACAAGGAGUUUGUGGCAAGGAUUAAAAACAAGUUAGAAAGAGGAGGAGUGGUCCAAGAUUUUGUGCAUGCCUUGGAGCAGCUUUCCAAUCCUGUAAUGCUCUUCAGGGAUUGGACUGAAGAUAUUAAAAUUGAGCUGGGAAAAAAUAAGAGAAAUAAAAAUGACAUCCAGCAGUUGUACAAUGGAAUGUACCAGAAGUUAGGAGAUUUACAGACUCCAGGUCUUGGGUUGUUUAGAAAACUAUUUAUUCAGAAAUUUGGAAAGGAAUUUGAGAAUUAUUUUGGUAAAAGAGGCUGCAAACUGCUAGAUAUGAGUUCCAGUGACUUCAACACUAUUGUAGACUCACUUCUCUCCAAAAUGAAAGAAUAUCAGAAAGAACCUGGGAAUCUGAAAGAGUGCUCCUCUUGGAUGAGUGAGUUCAAACCAGAAUUCUUAAGAAUGGAGCUGGAAAUUCCUGGUCAAUAUAAUGGUAAAGGAAAGCCAAUGCCGGAGUACCAUGUCAAAAUUUCUGGAUUUGAUCAGCGGAUAAAAGUAAUGCAUUCCAUCCGGAAACCAAAGCGUAUAAUUAUCAGAGGCAGUGAUGAGCAAGAAUAUCCCUUCCUUGUGAAAGGAGGAGAAGACCUCCGGCAAGACCAGCGCAUUGAGCAGCUCUUUGAUGUUAUGAAUAUUGUCCUUUUACGAGACGCUGCCUGCAGCCAAAGAAACAUGCAGUUAAAAACAUACCAAGUUAUUCCAAUGACCACCCGGAUAGGCUUAAUUGAAUGGCUUGAGAAUACCUGUACUUUAAAAGAGUUUCUUCUGAAGAGCAUGUCUGAACAGGAAAAGAGUGACUAUAGCAGCCCCAGUGGUCCUUACACUGAUUAUAGUGAUUGGCUAACCAAGAUGGGAGGGACUAAAGCAACUCUACGCUACACACUUAUGUUCCAGCGAGCUAGCCGUACAGAAACAGUGACAUCUUUCCAGCGACGAGAGAAGCGUGUUCCUGAAGACCUGCUGAGGAGAGCCUUUGUUAAGAUGAGUACAACACCAGAGGCCUUUUUAUCCCUGCGAUACCAUUUUGCAAGCUCCCAUGCCUUGAUGUGCAUCAGCCACUGGAUUGUUGGUAUUGGAGAUCGACAUUUAUCCAAUUUUAUGAUCAGUAUGGAGACAGGUGGCAUGGUGGGAAUAGACUUUGGACAUGCAUUUGGUUCUGCUACACAGUUUCUACCAGUGCCGGAAUUGAUGCCUUUCCGUUUGACUCGCCAGUUCAUUAAUUUGAUGUUACCCAUGAAAGAAUCAGGUCUUGUUUGCAGUGUGAUGGUGCAUUCCUUAAAAGCUUAUCGUGUAGAUCAAGACAUUCUUAUUAAUACGAUGGAUAUAUUUGUGAAGGAGCCUUCCUUGGAUUGGAAAAAUUUGGAACUUAAACAGUUGAAAAAAGGAGGCACGUGGACAAAGGAGAUUAACACAGGCAACGUGAAUUGGUACCCCCUCCAAAAAGUAGAUUUUGCAAGAAGGAAAUUAGCAGGUGCUAAUCCAGCUGUGAUCACCAGUGAUGAAUUGAAGCUGGGCCAUGAGAAAUCAUCUGCCUACAGAGAUUAUGUAUCUGUAGCACGAGGAAGCAAAGAAUAUAACAUUCGAGCCAGAGAACCAGAGGAUGGACUUUCAGAGGAAGCGCAAGUGAAGUGCCUUAUAGACCAAGCCACAGACCCAAAUAUCCUUGGCAGAGUUUGGGAAGGAUGGGAGUCCUGGAUGUGAAAGAUAAAGACAUCACCAAAAUGAAAUUCUUUGUUGGUGCCCGUGCAAGCAGGUUGCUACUACUUGGAAGGUGAAAACCAGUUGGAUUUCGUAUUAUUUAAAUAGUAAUUGGUAUGUAGGAAAGUUGUGAUGUACUAACACUUUUAUAAUUAAAUAUUGCUGACAUUAAGGAAGAAAAUCUAACAGUGCCUUCGAAAAACCUAGUAGAAAAAGCCAGUGAAAAUAAGUGGAUUGUACUAGACAUAUCUUUGAUGAGCUGGAUUACAGGGAUUGCAUAUUACCUAUGAAGUGAAAACAUUAUGCUAGAUUUGCUUACCUAACUAGUAUAACAACAAAAUAAGAAUAAAAACACAUGUAAGAUUGCCCCUUUCCUUCCAUGAGCAGAAAAAAUAAAGUUGUGGCUAUGCAGUGCACAGGUGAGGAGCUGCAAUCAUGUGUGAAUAUACUAUUCCAGCAUUACACUGCAAGGCUGAGUGGCCUGCUUGCAUGAAAGCAGCAACUGGUCUGAUUUAGUCAGUCAAAGAAACAUGAACACCUGCUCUAAGGUUGAAUACAGGCUGAUCUGAAGCUUACAAUUCUGUCUUUGUGUGCGCGCGUGUGGUAAUUCAAUUAAACACUAGUAAACUUAA